AUGGACGCGACUUCGGGGGUCUGGGACCUCACGGUCGCCAGCUUACCGCAACUCCUCCGCCAGCUGUCACCAUCCCCGCUAAAAGCGCUGAACGGCAGCGGCGGCGUGGGAAAUGACAGUAACUUUCUACUGACGGGUCGGCUACACCAUGGCAUGUAUUCGGGAGCUAAUCUCCUAUCGAGAGGCGAUCCUUUUUUUGAGGGGUCCUUCUGGCGCGAAAUCGUCCUUGGAACUCAUCUUUCAUUCUUUUCCGAUGGCUCCGUCUGGCGCGGCCUGCACGACACGCUGCACUACCCCGGCCUUUCACGCGACGUGUGUGCAACAGUGCUGACGACGGGGCUCGUCGUCGCAUGGUUGAGGCUCUUCGACCUGCUCGCGCGACGAAACUUGGUCGAGCGGAAGCCGCGUCGUGAAAACCUCCACAUCACCAUCGGGACUUCUUCGUCAACUCAGAACUCACCCCGUGUCUCGCAGAAGCUGAGUCGCAAGGUCCUACACAUCACCAUCGGUCUCUUCUUCGUCUUGGUCUGUUGGCCACUUUUCAGCGCGUAUCCGCAGGCGCGAUUUUUUGCAGCGGCGGCCCCUGUGACGACGGCGGUGCAGCUCUUGCUGCUGGGGCUGGGCGUCACGCGCAGCGAUGGGAUCGUCAAAUCUAUGAGCCGCAGUGGCAACAAGAGUGAACUGUUAAGCGGGCCUUUGUGUUAUGCGGUUACCAUCAUGCUCAUGACUGUGGUGUACUGGAGAACGUCUCCUGUGGGAAUGCUUGCUCUCGUCAUCAUGUGUGGUGGAGAUGGUGUGGCGGACAUUGUCGGGCGGCGGUGUGGUUCCUGGAAGCUUCCGUGGAAUGAGCAGAAAAGCUGGGCUGGCAGUGCUGCCAUGCUGCUGUGCGGAUUUGCUCUCUCAUUAAUGUAG